AUGGCGCAGUGGAGACGCUUUGCCUUCUUUGAUAAAGAGGUUCUGAAGGAUACAAGUGGACCAUGGAUGAAGGGUGUGGACAUCACGAGUAUGAGCGCCAAUCGAGGCCUUAUUUGCGUAGGAGACGCUGACGGAUUCGUACAUUUAGCUAAUCGAUCCCUAGAAGCUCGUAAAUUCCAAGCACAUGAGCUCUUUGUAUCGCACGUCGUCAUGAUGAAGCGCAGCAACGUGCUGGUUACAAUAGGUGACGGUAUUGAUCCGCGCUCUGAAGAGUUACGGGAACAGUCGAAAGCCAUCGCAGAAGCAGGUCGUACGCCAAAUGCAGAAGAUAUGUAUGCGUCCAAGCCAACGGGAAAAACCACAGCGGUGGUGCGAUUUUGGCGCACGGAUCAGCAGGACAGAGAAGGCAAACUUAAGCUGCUGCAACAGAUUCCUAUUUUUGUCAAAAAGUACCCGGAAGAAGCUGUGACGGCGUUUGCAGUGAACGACGACUUAAGUCAAUUUGCGGUGGGACUGAAAAACGGCGCUGUGAUUUUGUUUCGCAGCGACUUGAAACGACGUACUGACCGUCCACCACAUCUGAUCCAGCCUGCAGGACAGUAUCCCGUCACAGGACUGUCAUUCACCAGCAAACCGGUUACACCUACAGUGGCACAUGUUUUUCUGUAUGCGUCUACGCGACGUGGACUUACGUGCUACCACUGUUCUCACGAUGACCCGGCACUUGUCAAAAGCGCUGGUGGUGCUGCGGCUCUUCCGCAACGUAUGAUUGUCCUGGACGAACGUGGUGUAGAUAUGAACUGUUCAUGUGUGAAUGAGGAAGGAGAAAUUGCUGUCGGGCAGACAGAUGCCGUGUACUUUUACACGACUGAAGACCGCUCGGUCUGUUUUGGUUUUGAAGGCGAGAAGAAGUAUUUGCACUUUUUUAAGCACUACCUUCUGGUUGCGCACGUGGAUUCUCGUGGGCGGCACCAGGUGAACGUGUAUGAUUUGCAGAACAAGUUCAUUGCGUUUAACUGGACGCUUACCAGUUCAAACCCCAUGGGUCCUAGGGGCAAGCCACCGCUCGCAUUGAACACUCACGCACCCGGGGCACGUUUUGGGCUGGACGCGAUGGAAGAAGUUCGUCAUAUUGUUUGCGAGUUUGGUGCUAUCUUUGUGGUAUCUUCUGUAGGGCAUGUAUAUCGCCUGUGUGAGAAGGAUACGACCUCCAAACUGGAGAUCUUGUUUCGCAAGAACUUGUACUCAAUUGCUAUUUCACUGGCAUUUAGCUCAAAUUACGACGUAAACAGCAUCAUCGAUAUUUUCCGCAUGUACGGAGAUCAUCUGUAUCAAAAGGGAGACUACGACGGAUCUUUGCGUCAAUAUGUUCGCACAAUUGGCCACGUAGAGCCAUCUUACGUGAUUCGUCGCUUUCUGGAUGCACAGCGCAUCCACAAUCUCACGGCCUACCUUGAGGCUCUUCACGAGAAGGCAUUUGCAAACGCAGAACAUACGACACUUCUUUUGAACUGUUACACAAAGCUCAAGGAUGUAAAAAAGCUGGAUAAGUUUAUUCAACUCGAUGAGGUGAUUGAAGCCAAGAAGACAAGUGGCACAAAAAGCGAUGACGACUCAUGUGAUCUGACACCCAGGAACGGAGGUGCAGGAGCCAAUCUGAACUUUGACGUUGAGACUGCAAUUAGUGUGCUGUGGGAAAAUUAUCCGCAGCAUGCCCUAACGCUGGCGAAGAAGCAUGAAGAACACAGUUGGUACUUGAAAAUACAGCUUGGUCAUAUAAGUUAUGUUGAUUCUGAGGAUUCAGCUGCGCUAUCAGAGAGUGAAAAGGAACGCGUGGCCGAUGCGCUUGAGUACAUUGAGCAUCUCAGCUUUUCGGAAGCUGAUCUAAAUUUGCGAAAGUAUGGGCGCACUUUGGUUACUCAUAUGCCGGCGCCUGCAACGGAGUUACUAAAGCGUCUUUGUACGGGUAAGUUCGUUCCAGGCAACCCGUCGUUGAAAUCGGACCCGGGCGAUUUUUUGCACUUGUUUGUAUCCCAUCGCGCGCAGCUUAAGGAGUUCUUGCAGUAUAUUGUUGAGGUGGAGACGGUGAGCAAUACAUCGAUUGGCAACACGCUGCUCGAAAUGGUUCUGAGCGACGAUGAUGAGGGCGAAAAUGGUUCUCGUUCGGUUGAGGAGAAAGAAGAGGCAGUGCUUCGGAUUCUUGACAAUCCGCGCGUGAAGUAUGAUGAGGACCAUGCCUUGAUUCAUCUGCAAAUGCACGACAUGAAAAAGGGCAAGCGCUAUCUGUAUAACAAGCUGCACAUGUACCACAUGCUGGUGCAAUUCCAUAUCGAGGAGAACGACGACCAGAGCAUUGUGGAGGAGGUGCGCAAACACGGCGACAAGGAUCCAAAUUUAUGGUCAUUGGCAUUGAAGUAUUUUGCUGAACGAGGGCCAUUGCCGAAAGGUGCUACAAGUGGUGAGGAGUGGAAGGAGUUAAAACAAUUGCUGGUACUAAUUGACACGAAUCCAGCAAUACCUCCCCUUCAAGUUGUGCAGGUAUUGAGCCAGUCACGUGAACUACCCGUAUCAGUAAUCAAGCAGUACGUGGUAAAUCAGCUGGCUAGCGACGAGAAGAAGAUUCAGGAAGAUGAAGAAAAUAUAAAGGCGUUCAAAAGUGACACGAAGCAAAUGAAGGAAGAGAUAGCGCAACUCAGUAGCCAUGCUGUUGUGUUUCAGGCAACCAAGUGCGACCUGUGCAACCACGAUUUGGAUUUACCUGCCGUGCACUUUAUGUGCCAACAUAGCUUCCAUCAUAACUGCAUUUCUGAGACAGAACGAGAGUGUAUGACGUGCUCUAUGGACCAUCGUCACAUCCUGGGACUCAAAACGCAACUCGAGCAAAAAGCUGGUAAUCAUGAGCAAUUUUACAACCAGCUCGAGACCGCUGCGGAUGGUUUUCAUACCAUUGCAGAAUACUUUGGCAAGGGCAUUUUCAAGAGCAACGAGGUUGUUUUGGACGAGGGCUCGUUUGAGGCGCGCUUUAGCGCUGAAUUUUAG